GUUAUUUCCUGUUCAGACCUAAUUAGGUGUAUUCGAAAUCCCGGAUCCUGAAAGGGCUUGAUAUUGAGGCAAAUAAAAACAGUUUGCAACCUGGUACAAGCGUCAGUCGAGGCGUUUGAAAUACUUUUACCAAGUUCGCUAACAUACACUGGUUGAUUUAAAAAAGCGUCUCCUCUUGGUUGACUGAAGAUUGGACUGCUUCAGCCCUGAUUGGUGUCUUAAUCAGCCAUCAUGGGGUUGGUUGCAUUGUUCUUCGUCCUUUCCAUUAGUGCAUCGCUGAUACCUGGAGGAAUAACGAAUUCUGCCUUCUUUAUGGUGACAUCCCCCAAUGUUUUCCGAGUUGGAGUGCCUGAGAAGGUGUUGGUUACCCGGGUUAGAGGCGGUGGCAACAACGACAUUUCCGUAAAGGUCUCCCUCUCUAAACCAGGAUCUACAGAUGAGCCGUUUUCCCAUGAAACGAGAUCUGUUGGUGAAGCUUCUUCUGUCGAGUUUGAGGUGGUAGUUCGACCCGAGGACCUUGUGAACAAUGAGGGAGAAUUCCAGCACAUGGUGUUAAAGGCGGAAUGUCCUGAUGACAUCAGCAUACUCAAUAAGGAAACAGAAGUUCUUGUAACGCUCCAAUCUGGAUACGUGUUCGUCCAAACCGACAAGCCAAUCUACACCCCAAAUCAAAACGUGAUGAUAAAGGUGAUGUCUUUGGAUCAAGAUAUGCGUCCAUCUGAUCGAGAGAUCCAUGUUGAGAUCAUCAAUCCGAAUGGUAUCAGUGUAAAACAACUUGGUAGGACUCAUGCUGAAAGCAACGGCUUUCUGUCUGGAGAGUACACAUUUCAUGAUCAUCCAACUUUGGGCAUAUGGAAUGUGACAGCCUUCUAUGGUCCGGAUCUCAAUAAUAGGGCACUUAAGUACCGUGUCAAGUCAAGUGUGACGUUUGAAGUGAAGGAAUAUGUUCUACCCACAUUUUCAGUGAAGGUCGAAACACCUGCGUACAUAUUAGACGGGGCCGAUUCAGUGGUUUCAACAAUAAAUGCUCAGUAUGUGUUCGGUAAGCCUGUGAUUGGACGUUAUGUCUUCAAGUAUGGUAUCCUUCAAGAUGAUGGAUCUGUGGAAGAACUAGGAGAGAGAAAUGGACAUCUAAACGAAGAGGGAAGUUCUCAAAUCACGUUGCACAAUCUUGCUACUGAUUUUGGUACUGCGUCUUGGUUUGACCAGUAUAAAGGUCGUCGCUUCCAUGCUAAAGCCAUUGUACGUGAGACGGCAACCCAGUUCACAGAGGCAGGAAUCAGCACAAGUACCGUCUUUGAAAGCUCACCUUACCGAUUUAGUACGGAACGAACAGUCCAGUACUUCAAAGCUGGCCUCAAUUUGCAAAUCAAGCUGGAUUUAACCUUUGUAAAUGGAGAUGUCGCCCCAGAUGUACCUGUGCAAAUCCAAGCGUAUGGUACCGAUACCAAUGGCGAUGAGAGCGAACUUCCUGUGGUAAACCAGGGGGCAAACGCGGUGAUACCAAACACAGAUGAACAUGGAGGCAUUCAAACCUCUCGUGACAUCCAGUCAAAUGUGGUCAGCGUUCGGGUAGUAGCCUCCACUGUGAGCGGAGACUACAAUCCCGAAAACCAAGCGUCCAUUUCAUUUGAAGUGACUGGUUCAGACCCCGAAAAUGGAGAAUUCAUCCUAAUCAGGCCACAGAAUGCAGAUGAUCGCAAACUAGUUGUUGGUAGGAAUACUGAAUUCCUGAUCCAGAGGGUUGGUUCAUCAGGAGUGCCUCCAAACACAAAUCUUCAUUAUUUGUGCAUUACAGGGGGAAGGAUUGUCGAAAGCAAUUUUCAACCUGGCAUGCCUGAUGUAGGCACAUCCCUUCAAAUAACGAUCACGUCCGACAUGGCGCCACAAAUGAGAUUAAUCGUCUACUACAUGACUGCCACCGGCAGAGUCAUCGCCGACUCCCUUCGACUUGGUGUAGAAGAAAAGUGCAGGCAAAAUCCUCCGCUAUCAUUGAGAAUACUACCCGAGCCACCCCCUCCUCUACUUUCUAUCUAUGACCCACAUUCCAUGAUUGAGGUUGAAAUCACAGCACCAAACGAUUCCUCCAUCGGUCUGCUAGCUGUCGAUAAGGCUGUCUAUCUGCUGAGAGAUAAGGAUAGAAUGAACAAUCGAAAAAUGUAUAAUAGGAUGAAGAGCUAUGACACCGGUUGUGGACCAGGAGGCGGAUUUGAUACUUCUCAAAUUUUUAAGGACUCUGGAAUGACAGUGCUUACUAAUGGAAAUUUGGAGGUCGGUGUAAGAGCAAGUAUUGGCUGUGAAGAAGAGGCUAACCGGAGAAGAAGGUCUAUUGUUCCCGGUGAGAUAUGCUACUCAGUCUACGAAUCAUCUUGUUUAGCCACCAGAAUACGUUUGAAACGUAUGCUUUCUAGUACUGAUUAUGCAACCUAUCCAUGUUCUCGUCGUGCUAGAAUUUUAGCAUCUCAAUGUGGACUAACUCCUGAACAAAAAACGAGAUUUGAAGUGUGCUGCGAAAAUCCUCCCAUUCCCAGGGUAACAUCUGAAACAUCAAGAUCAGGUGGUAAUAACAACCAGAUCGACGGUGUCAAAGUACGUGACGAUUUUAGAGAGACUUGGCUCUUUGAUGUUUUUCCUAUGCCUACAAACGGUGAUAAGAUGUUACACCCGUUGACCACGCCGAGUAGUAUCACGGAAUGGCACUUGACGGCAGUCAGUUUAUCCCAAACACAAGGAAUGUGUAUUGAAGAUGAUACCACUGUGAUGGUUUACCAGAAAUUCUUUAUUCAGCUUCAUCUCCCGUACUCUGUCGUCAGGCUUGAACAGACACAGAUCCUCGUCACCAUCUUCAACUAUGGUAUUUCACUUGCAGAGGUUACAGUAUGGUUUUCUGUUGAAGAGGGUCUGUGCACUGCUGAAAAUCCAGCCAUGCGUAUGGUUUCGGUCGAGUCCAAGAAUGCCGCCUCCGUUGCAUUCAUUGUAAGGCCGGUGGAUGUAGGUACAUUUGAUAUCAGAGUGAAUGCCUCAGCAAACGGCAAGCAAGAUAACGGCAAGCAAGAUAGCGUCAAGAAAUCACUUCUGGUCGUGCCUACAGGAGUUUUAACGAGGAAAAGUAGAUCUGUUACUCUCAACCCUGGUGGGGUCAUGUUCACUGAUGAUGUCACAACGCCAGCCCCGAACAACAGCCUGGGACAAGUUGUUUCAAUCCACAAUAAUCAAACAAAUAAUCAGGUGGACCUGAUACCUAUAUCCCUGCCCGUGGAUUCUAUUCCAGAAACAGAAUCUUGUAGUGUCAAGCUUAUUGGCACUCUGCUAGGUACGAUAGCUACGGAUCCUAUUCAAGGAGUAGAAAAUCUUGUUCAACAACCUACCGGGUGUGGCGAGCAGACUAUGAUUCGCCUAGCUCCAACUCUUUUUGUCUAUAAGUACCUCCAGGCUGUAGGAGAGGAUACAGGGGACCAAGAGGAACUCCUCACAGAAUACAUAAAAAAUGGAGUGGCAAGGGAGAUCACCUAUAGACAACAUAACGGUGCCUACGCAGCAUGGACUAAUCGAGCUGGAAGUACUUGGUUGACAGCAUUUGUUGUGAAGAUCUUCAGUCAAGCAAAGCAGUUCAAUGCUCUAAAUGAUGAGAGCCACGUAGAAGGCAGUGUAAACUGGCUCAUAGACGAAAAUCAGCAAGUUGGCGGUGAAUUUCAUGAAAAUAACCAGGUUAUUCAUCAGGAAAUGAUCGGAGCUGUAAAGGGUGAUACUUCCAGGACGGCAUUUGUUCUCAUCUCUCUUCUGGAGGGUAGGAACUUACUGGAUAGCCUGAAGAAUGAGAAAAUCAAUAAUUCCAUUUCUUUGGCGAUUCAAUUCCUCCAUAACCAACUUGAAAAUGGAUUACCGAGGAUGUACGACAAGGCUAUCGUCACAUAUGCCUUGGCAAUGGCUAAAAGUACAAGGGCUAGAGAUCUGAAUAAUGAUCUAUGGGCUCAUAAAGAAGAGGAUGAUACUGGUGCGGUCUUCUUCCCCUUGGAUUCAUCCCGCUAUGAAUAUAUUGGCAACCGUCCAAUGUGGCGGCGGAUACCGACCUCCUCCAUCGAUGUGGAGACUGCUGGAUACGCUUUGCUAGCACAGCUUGCCUUGCACCAAUAUCAGAACGCUGGCAGGGUAGCCCUUUGGCUCAGUAAGCAGCAGGAUUACGGUGGCGGAUUCGUCUCUACUCAGGAUACAGUUGUGGCUCUACAAGCACUAUCCAAGUAUGCAGAGCGUCCUCAGUUCAGUAACAUAAACAUGGACUGCACUCUAUCAACAGGAGGGGAUAUUCUUAAGAGACAUGUGAUUGAAAAUCACAAUGCUAAAAUACAAGAAGAAGUCAAGGUCUCUCAGUCUAUCGGACAUGACCUACAAAUCAAUUCAGUUGGAGAAGGAGUUGCUCUGGCAAAUGUGGAACUGCGGUACAACACUGAAAAAUCUGAUCUGGACACCUGCCCAUUCCAUCUGAACAUCACUGCUGCUGAAUUACCUUCUCAGGCCAAUAAUGGACAAAAUCUAGAAGGACUUCGAAUAACAGUAUGUACAAGGUUUACUGGUGAAGGGAACACCCAUAUGAGUAUUCUUGAUGUAGGAUUAUACUCUGGAUUCAAGGCUGUUGAAGACACUAAAUCAGGAUUGACAGGACUCAAAGAGUUGAUUAAUGGCAGUGACUCGAUUUCUUCAUAUGAAGCUGGCCAACGGUCUGUCAUCUUCUAUUUAGAUGAGAUUCCAAAGACAAGUGACCUAUGCUUCACAUUUUAUGCUGAAACUGAAGUGGUUGUCGGGAAUGUACAAGCGGCCGCUGUUCAUGUGUAUGACUACUACGAUCCCGACCUGUCCUGUACUAUUUUCUACAAGCCUGGCACAGGUAGUUCCCUUUUGAACACACUGUGCUCUGAAAAUGAAUGUAUCUGCUCUGGUGGUUCACUUAAGUUCUGCAACCCUACUGAUCGGUGCCCUCGUUUAUAUUCUGCUAGUGAAUUGGAGGCAACUGCCUGUCAAAGCCACAGCAGUUAUGCACUCAAGAUCCACAUUGAGCAAGAACAAGUAAUAGGCGGAUUCAGGGUGUACAACUUCACCGUCAAAAAACAAAUAAAAAGGGGAGACGAAAACAUUCCUUUGAACGGGAUGAGGCAGUUGUAUGUCAAUGAAGGUUGUAAGUGCCCCAAAAUUGGACAACGAAGUAUCCCUGGUGACUUUUUACUCGUUGGCCGGGAAUCCCUCAAGUACACCACCAAAGAUGGAGUUGAAAGAUACCGGUACUUGUAUGGAAAAUUCUCCAAGAUGGUACUUUAUCCAAGGCAGAGUUUAGUCAGAAAUUUGGACAUACGCCAAGCAUUGAGUACCUUUGAAACGAGCAUGGAUGAAGCGACCGCCUGCUCUGGUGAGAGUUAACUCACUUCAGUUCGGAACCAGUUAAUAGUGGGACUGUCCUCUAACGCCAUCUCUCAUGACUCAUGCCCAGUAACGUCACCAUGCCAAUAGGUAUAUCAUGGGUUAGUAUUACCCAUUGAUCAGUAUCACCCACGUAUAAGCCAUUACAUGUGUCUUUAUUGUGAUGAUAUCGCACAGUACACACGCUCAACUCAUUUUGUUGUGAGCUUGAAUUCUUAUUUUUUUGCAUGUGCAGCAACAGUAAUGUUUGAAAAUGGGAAUUUUAGAAAAUCAGAACUUAUCAAAUCUACCCUAAAUCAAAACCCAGCAAAGGCAGAUAAAGGAAUAUUACAAUUAUUAGAUGGUAGGUUGAUUACUACUAUUUUUUUUCAAACUUUGGAUAUCAUGACAAAGUUGAAUUAACAGACUCAUCAUAUCUGUUUAGAAACUUUCAAAAUUUUGCUUCUCUUUAUACAUAUUUUGUUCUUUUUUUAAUGUCAUUGUUUAUUUGAGUUGUUUCAAUUCUGGAUUUAGAAUAAGGUUAUUUACUUAAUUACUUAAUGGAUUAAUUGAUUUAAUGAAUACAUUAAGAAUUGAAUGAAUGAGUAAAUAAAUGAAUGAAUUAAUUAGUAAAUUUAUAAAUGAGUAAAAAAUAUACAUUAGAUAGAUGAAUAAAUAACUAGAUAAUUAUAUUAAUAAAUGAAUGCCCAAUACGUUUAGUGUAUAGUAUAAACUUUGAUGAAAUCUGAGCUGAGUUAGUAAAACAAAAACUAACUCUAGAUUCACUUGAACUAAAUAAUCUACAAUAAUAACAAUAAUAAUUUUACAUCAUGAUUUAUUAUUAUAAGUGCUCACUCUGUACUUUAUAUACUUGCACACAAUCUGGCUAAAACUGAAUUAAUAAAAUGUACCAUAUCAGGUAUGAUUACUUGUUAACAUAACAAGACACAAUUGAUAUUUAUGAUAAAUUGUAUAAUUGAUUUGUAACCUGUAUGCGAAUUAUGUGGCUCCUAUAGAGUUGAAUAAUUUGUGCUUUUAUUGACAAAUGGGAUCAGUUUAGCUUUGCAAAUACAUCUCAUUUAAAAGCAGUUGCAAUUCUUGUACAGUGCAGCAAAUGAAGUUUCUUUUUGAGUAGUUUCAGUACAGUUAGUGUGCUUAAAUGAAAGUGUAUGAUUAAAUAAAGCUGUAUUGAGAAGCA